UGAGACGCAGCCGUUGGAUCAACAGGACCCGGAAGUGACGCCACUCACUAAGCCCCCGCUUGUAUGUUGGUGUGUGCAUCAGCUCCAGAAGCGCUUCCAUCGCCUGGGUGUAUUUUCCUGCAGCAGAAGUCGAGCGAUUCCGUGUGGCAUUUCGUGUUUCUCUCAGCUCGUCCCCAUUUCUGGAUUCCUCAUGAGUGACGGGGAGUGCGACUUUUUCUGCUUCUUCCGCUGCUGCUGAGUUCGGCACGGCCCCCUUGGAUACGCGGUCCAGUCUGGGGCAGACAGCGGCAGCACCGAGGGCCGCUUGCUGGUGGAGAGCGGCGUUUGAGACGGCAUACGGAUAAGCCCCAGAAGGCUAUGUCUGUGGACAUGAGCAGCCAAGCGUCCGACAGUAACGAGGAAGAUUUCGAAGAGGAGGACAAUGAGGGCGCGGAAGAGGAAGAUCAAGGCGAUAUGGCUUAUUAUUAUGAAGGCGUGGCGGGCGACGUGGAGCAAGCGGAACCCGACACUUUCGAUCCGGAAGAGUACCAGUUCACGUGUCUGACUUAUAGAGAAAGCCAGAGACUGCUGACCGAGGAAGUCAAUCACGUGUCCACCUCACUAAAGGUAUCACCAGCUGUAGCCAAACUGGUCCUUGUACAUUUCCACUGGCAAGUGUCCCAAAUACUAGACAGGUACAAGUCCAACUCGUCUCAGUUGCUAUGUGAGGCCCAGGUUCAGCCCAUAUCCACCUGUCGAUCUCUCACUGCCGUGGCGUCGUUGCAGUGCGGUGUGUGUCUGCAGUUUGUACGGAGAGAUGCGCUGCUCUCUCUACCGUGUCAGCACUCCUUCUGCAAAUCCUGCUGGGAGCAGCACUGCACCGUGCUGGUCAAAGAUGGCAUAGGAGUGGGGAUCUCUUGCAUGGCUCAGGAUUGUGCUCUUCAGAUGCCAGAGGAUUUCGUCUUGCCACUGCUGCCCAAUGAUGAACUAAAGGACAAAUACAGACGCUACCUCUUCAGGGACUACGUAGAGAGUCACUUCCAGCUGCAGUUGUGUCGUGCAGACUGUCCCAUAGUCAUUAAGGUGCAAGAGCCUCGAGCUCGGAGAGUUCAGUGCAGUCGUUGCGAUGAAGUCUUCUGUUUUAAGUGCAGGCAGAUGUACCACGCCCCCACAGAUUGCGCUACCAUUCGCAAAUGGCUCACCAAAUGCGCAGACGAUUCAGAGACUGCCAACUACAUCAGCGCGCACACUAAAGACUGUCCUAAGUGCAAUAUCUGCAUUGAGAAAAAUGGCGGCUGCAACCACAUGCAAUGCUCCAAGUGUAAACACGAUUUCUGCUGGAUGUGUUUGGGAGAUUGGAAGACUCACGGCAGCGAGUAUUACGAGUGCAGUCGCUACAAAGAGAAUCCAGACAUCGUCAACCAGAGUCAACAGGCGCAGGCUAGAGAGGCCCUGAAAAAAUACCUCUUCUACUUUGAGAGGUGGGAGAACCACAAUAAGAGUUUGCAGCUGGAGGCUCAGACGUACCAGCGCAUUCAGGAGAAAAUUCAUGAGAGGGUCAUGAAUAACCUGGGUACCUGGAUUGACUGGCAGUACAUGCAAAAUGCUGCCAAGCUGCUUGCCAAGUGUCGAUACACACUGCAGUAUACCUACCCCUACGCCUAUUACAUGGAGUCUGGCCCCCGCAAAAAACUGUUUGAGUACCAGCAGGCACAGUUGGAAGCGGAGAUCGAGAACCUGUCAUGGAAGGUGGAGAGGGCAGACAGUUAUGAGAGGGUAGAGGGAGAGCUCAAUGCCACUGAUAGAGGGGAUUUGGAAAAUCAGAUGCACAUUGCUGAACAGAAGAGACGCACACUGCUGAAGGACUUUCAUGACACCUGAACAUCCGUCCGACAUGCAUUAUAUCUCUCUUCUGUCAUUCUCGUCAUCCUGUCCAUCUGUCCCUCGAUCCAAAGAUCCCUUCAUCUCCCCAUCCUUCACUUUUGUUUCUUUCGUGCUGUUUCUCAUCUGCCACAAUUUCUCUAACUCACACAUUCAGCCAUCUAUCCUGUAUUCUCUCCUGUGUGCUCUCUUUCUGUCCCCAUUUUUUCUUAGCUCCAGUGUUUCAGAAUAGCACGAUUGUAUCCUGAUUUUACCCCCCACCCCUUUUUUUUUGUUUUUGUUUACGUCUUCAUAUCAGCUCACAAGACACGUGCACACUCGAGAGUUUAAAACACUCCUGAAUCAUGGACUAACUGCUGCUCUUCCAGUUGAUUUUUUUUCCCCGUAAUCACUUUUUGAUCCUUUUUUUUUUUUUUCCUUUGUCUUCUUUUUUUCGCUUCUCACUGAGUUGAUUUAUUUUUCUUUUCUGAAAGAUGGCUGUUGAUAGUUAGCUCAUUUAAAAAAAAAAACAAACAAUGAAACAUGCUGUAAUUUUCAACGGUUGUACAUUAAUAACGAAAUAGUUACUGAGAGAAGGUUUUUAAACCAGA